AUGAUCUUCGCCGCCCGUCAACUUCAGGAGAAAUGCCAGGAGAUGCGGACCCACCUGUACUCUACCUUCGUGGACCUGACGAAAGACUUCGACACGGUGAAUCGUGAAGUACUGUGGAAGAUCAUGCAGAAAUUCGGCUGUCCGGAGCGAUUCACUCAGAUGGUGCGUCAGCUGCACGACGGCAUGAUGGCGCGAGUCACGGACAACGGAGCUGUCUCAGAGGCAUUCGCAGUGAUCAACGGAGUGAAGCAGGACUGUGUGCUGGCGCCUACCCUCUUCAGUCUUAUAUUCUCUGCCAUGCUGAUGGACGCCUACCGCGACGAACGCCCUGGAAUCAGCAUCGCCUAUAGAACGGACGGUCAUCUCCUGAAUCACCGGCGCAUGAACUUCCAAUCGCUCGUAUCCACAGACACUGUUCACGAACUCCUCUUCGCCGACGACUGCGCCCUGAACACCACCUCGGAAGAGGAGAUGCAACACAGCAUGGACCCGUUCUACGCCGCCUACUAG